AUGUUCCAUGUGAUUAGCAAUUAAUUUGUCUUUGUUAGAUCUGCGGUUGGCUAGACAACCUCCUGUAACUAGGUUUGUCUUUUUUCCAACGAGUAACGUGGUUAAUUUGAACACGAUUGAUUCCACAUUUUUGUUUUAGAUUUACUUUUACAUCCGCUUCUGAUUAUCCUUUCCCAACCUCUACUUGUUCAACAACAAAAAAAUAUCAAGCUUUCCGCGUUGACCAAUCCCCCAUUCGAAUAUUCUAUCUUCUGCGUAGAAGCUACGGUUUGGUUCUUGAUUUUGAGCAAUUUGAUUGCUUUGAUGCAAAAACAAGAAGAAUUUCCGGAGGGAUUUCGUCCUGUUUUGGUCUCUGGGUUUAGUAAUGCCAGAGAUCUUACGUGAGGAAAGCAGUUCAUCAUCAUCAGCCACCGCCGGCGCCGGCGAUUUCAAGCUUAACCUUUUUGGAAAAUAUGAGGUCGGAAAACUUCUGGGCUGUGGUGCUUUUGCCAAGGUUUAUCAUGCCAGGGAUGUGAGGACAAGACAGAGCGUGGCGAUUAAGACGGUAAGCAAGCAGAAGAUAUUGAAAGGUGGUUUCACGGAGCAUGUUAAGAGGGAGAUUUCUAUUAUGCGCAGGUUGCGACAUCCUCAUAUCGUUCGCCUUCAUGAGGUACUUGCGACGAAGACGAAGAUCUAUUACGUUAUGGAAUUCGCUAAAGGUGGAGAGCUGUUUACUAAGGUUAGCAAAGGGAGAUUCAGCGAGGAUCUCAGCCGGAGAUAUUUUCAGCAAUUGAUCUCCGCCGUUGAUUAUUGUCAUUCUCGUGGCGUGUAUCAUCGGGAUCUGAAGCUGGAGAAUCUGUUGCUUGAUGAAAAUUGGGAUCUCAAGGUCACCGAUUUCGGGUUAAGCGCAGUAACGGAUCAGAUCCGACCCGAUGGAUUCCUCCAUACGCUAUGCGGAACUCCGGCAUACGUAGCUCCUGAAAUCCUCGAGAAGAAAGGAUACGAUGGAGCGAAGGUGGAUAUAUGGUCAUGUGGCAUCAUUCUUUUUGUGCUCAACGCCGGUUAUUUACCAUUCACCGAUGCAAAUCUAAUGGCGAUGUAUCGGAAAAUCUACAAAGGCGAAUUCCGUUGCCCUAAAUGGACCUCACACGGAUUAAAACUGUUGCUGAUCCGACUCCUCGACACGAAUCCCGAGACUCGAAUCUCCAUUGAACAGAUUAGAAACGAUCCCUGGUUUCGGAAAGGUUACAAAGAGGUGAAAUCGCAUCUCGGUGAUGAAUUUGAGUUAAAAAAUAGUUCCGAGGUAAAUCGCGACGGCAAAUUUCUAAAUGCGUUUCAUAUAAUCUCGUUAUCCUCUGGUGUUAAUCUGUCUGGAUUAUUGAAGAGUCUAGGAGGCAAAGACACAGUAGAUGUUGAUAGGUUUGUUUCAGCAGCGUCACCGGAGAGAAUAACACAGAGGAUUGAAGAGAUUGCAAAGGCAGAAGGGAUGAGAGUCACUGGAAAAAAUGGCGCCGGUGUGAGGGUUGAGGGGCAAAAUGGGAAAUUUGUUUUAGCAACGGAGAUUAACCGGUUAACGGAGAAAGUGGUGAUUGUAGAAGUUAAAAGGAAGGAGAUAGGAGCUGGACCUGAUCGAGAAAUAUGGAAACUGAAAUUUAAGCCGCAGCUUAGUGAAUUCUUUUUGUGAAUUCUUUCAUGGUCCAAUUGUUAUUACAGCAUUCUCUAUAGUAGAAUUCAGACUUCACAGGAAAAAGAGAUUUCGAAAUCUCUUUGACUUCAGCUACUCGACUGACUAAAGCUAAAAGGAGAAAGGAAUAUAACGCUAGUUGUAGUAUAGAUCGAGGAAUGUGUGUCGAGGUGGGGUGGAUAAGUUUCUAAAGGGGGCAAGAAGAGAAGAAGUUACUACAUUUUUGCGAAUAGGAAUUCAAACUACCAUGUCAGGUUUGGGCAAAACCUGGUGUACACUAUUUUUAUUUUUAUUAUUGUGAAGAGUUAGUAGAAUGUAUCAUAAUUUGUGCUCUCUGUAAACAUAAGAUACAGAGAGGGAGAUAAUUACCAGGUUAUGUGUAUAUUUUUAUAACCUGGUAAUCUGAUUUCAUGAUAAUCUCAUUUUUCAUAGUAAAAUGAUUAUUGUAAUGAGAUCAUGGAUUUCAAUAGGAAUAUCCUUUUCGGGAGAAGGAUUCGCUUUUUCCUAUUUUAACUUUCCUAAUUGUUUGGUUUUGUAUGACAGUUGGGAUAGUUAUUGUAUGAGAUUUAUUCAAUGUUAGAUUUAUAGACGGUUAAUAGAUUGAUAUGAAUAUAAUGAACUAUUCAAAUAUAAAA